AUGGAGAUGUCCGAAGAUACCUUUAGUGAUUAUUUUACCGACUAUGAAUGCAAUCAGCCGUUGAUGGAACGAGCUGUGCUAACAGCCACAUCCUCAUUACAAGAUCGUGGACCGGAGAAGGCACGUCUUAACGCUGGCACUUCAUGGUCCGCCAAGAGUUCGGACUUUGAUCAACGAUUGAUAAUUGAUUUGGGUCUGGUGAGAAAUAUAACACAUAUUGGUUUGCAAGGACGCCCGCACAGUGAAGAAUAUGUCACAGAGUAUACCAUUAGCUAUGGCAUCACCGAUCUUGAGUUUGCCGAUUAUAAAGAGCCCGGUGGCAAUGUCAAGAUGUUCAGAGGUAACAAUGAUGGCAACUCCAUACACCAUAAUGUCUUUGAAGUGCCCAUUAUUGCACAAUGGGUGCGCAUUAAUCCCACACGCUGGCACGAUCGCAUAUCCAUGCGUGUAGAGCUCUAUGGCUGCGAGUAUAUUUCUGAUGACCUUUCCUUUAAUGGCACGGGACUAGUGCGCUAUGAUCUGCGUCGUGAUCCUAUUGCGUCUUCCAAAGAGACAAUACGUUUUCGUUUCAAGACAGCGUUUGCCAAUGGCGUUAUGAUGUACUCACGAGGCACGCAAGGAGAUUACUUUGCGCUGCAGCUGAAAGACAACAAAAUGGUCUUAAAUUUAAACCUUGGUGCAAGCAUAAUGACUUCGUUGUCAGUGGGCAGCCUGUUAGAUGAUAAUGUAUGGCAUGAUGUGGUCAUCUCACGAAACAGACGCGACAUUUUAUUCUCCGUGGACCGUGUUAUAGUGCGUGGACUCAUACAAGGCGAGUUUACGCGACUGAAUUUGAAUCGCGAGCUCUACUUGGGCGGUGUGCCUAAUUUCCAAGAGGGUCUUAUAAUACAACAGAACUACUCGGGUUGCAUGGAGAACAUUUACUUUAACUCGACCAACUUUAUACGCACCAUGAAGCAGAGCUAUGAACUAGGCGAGGCUUAUUUAUACACCAAAGUUAACACCAUCUAUGCCUGCCCCUCACCCCCCAUUUAUCCUGUGACCUUCACCACACGCGGUUCCUUUGUGCGUCUCAAGGGCUAUGAGAACUCGCAGCGUCUGAAUGUGAGUUUCUAUUUCCGAACGUAUGAGGAGACUGGUGUGAUGAUACACCACGACUUUUACUCGGGCGGCUAUGUUAAAGUAUUUCUAGAGUUUGGCAAAGUAAAGAUUGAUUUAAAGACCAAGGAAAAGCCUAGAAUCAUAUUGGACAACUAUGAAGAACAGUUUAAUGAUGGCAAAUGGCAUUCCUUUGUGCUGUCAAUUGAACGCAAUCGUCUUAUACUCAGCAUUGAUCAGCGUCCCAUGACUACAAUGAAGGAAAUGCAAAUAGCUACGGGUUUACUUUAUCACAUAGCUGGUGGCAAGGAUAAGAAUGGUUUUGUGGGUUGUAUGCGUUUGAUUUCUGUGGAUGGCAACUACAAGUUGCCACAGGAUUGGGUGCAAGGUGAAGAGGUUUGCUGUGGCGACGAGGUUAUUGUGAAUGCUUGCCAAAUGAUUGAUCGCUGCAAUCCGAAUCCCUGUCAGCACAAGGGCGUCUGUCAUCAGAACAGCGUGGAGUUCUUCUGCGAUUGCGCGCAUACAGGCUAUGCAGGCGCUGUGUGUCACACUUCCAACAAUCCGCUUUCGUGUCUCGCUUUGAAGAAUGUGCAGCAUGUGCAGCAGCGUGUGAAUCUCAACAUUGAUGUCGAUGGUAGUGGCCCUUUGGAGCCUUUCCCUGUCACCUGCGAGUUCUACUCUGAUGGGCGAGUUAUUACGACUUUAAGUCAUAGCCAGGAGCAUACUACAACUGUGGAUGGUUUUCAGGAGCCUGGAUCCUUUGAACAGUCUAUUCUGUAUGAGGCUAAUCCACUUCAGAUUGAAGCCUUGCUUAAUCGCUCACACAGCUGCUGGCAGCGUCUAAGUUACAGCUGUCGUAGCUCACGUCUUUUCAAUUCACCUUCUGAGGCUGGCAACUUCCGUCCCUUCUCCUGGUGGGUCUCGCGCAACAAUCAGCCCAUGGACUACUGGGCAGGCGCCUUGCCUGGUUCACGCAAAUGCGAAUGCGGCAUUUUGGGCAAGUGUCAUGAUCCCACCAAGUGGUGCAACUGUGACAGCAAUAGCUUGGAGUGGCUAGAAGAUGGCGGCGAUAUACGCGAGAAGGAACAUUUGCCAGUGCGUGCGGUUAAAUUCGGAGACACUGGCACGCCGCUUGAUGAGAAACAGGGGCGUUAUAUACUUGGUCCGAUGCGCUGCGAGGGCGAUGAUUUGUUCAGCAAUGUGGUUACUUUCCGCAUAGCAGAUGCUUCUAUUAAUCUGCCACCUUUUGAUAUGGGACACUCGGGUGACAUUUAUUUGGAGUUCAGAACUACGCAGGAGAAUGCCGUACUGUUCCAUGCCACUGGACCUACGGACUAUAUCAAGUUAAGCAUUAAUGGCGGCAACAAGCUGCAGUUCCAAUAUCAAGCCGGCAGCGGUCCCUUAGGCGUCAAUGUGGGCACAAGCUAUCAUCUGAAUGACAACAAUUGGCACACAGUGAGUGUAGAGCGUAAUCGCAAGGAAGCGCGUCUAGUGGUAGAUGGUUCUAUCAAGGCUGAAGUCCGUGAGCCGCCAGGUCCAGUUCGCGCAUUGCACUUGACCUCGGAUUUGGUUAUCGGCGCCACUACGGAAUAUCGUGAUGGAUAUGUAGGUUGCAUACGCGCCUUGCUGCUCAAUGGUAAAAUGGUGGAUCUGAAGCAGUAUUCUAUGCGUGGUAUAUAUGGUAUAAGCACUGGUUGUGUAGGACGCUGCGAAUCGAGUCCUUGUCUGAAUAAUGGCACUUGCAUUGAGCGCUAUGAUGGCUAUAGUUGCGAUUGCCGUUGGAGCGCCUUCAAGGGACCCAUUUGCGCUGAUGAGAUUGGAGUUAAUUUGCGCUCUAGUUCUAUUAUACGCUACGAAUUUGAGGGAUCUUUCCGUUCUACCAUCGCGGAGAAUAUACGAGUGGGCUUUACAACCACCAUACCGAAGGGUUUCCUCCUAGGGUUCUCUUCCAAUCUAACUGGCGAAUAUCUAACCAUACAAAUCUCCAAUUCAGGCCACUUGCGUUGUGUGUUCGACUUUGGUUUUGAGCGGCAGGAGAUUAUAUUCCCCAAGAAACAUUUUGGCUUGGGUCAAUACCACGAUGUGCGUUUUAUGCGUAGAAAUAGUGGGUCUACGGUAGUGCUGCUCGUGGAUGACUAUGAGCCUGUGGAGUAUAAUUUUGAUAUUAAAGCAUCAGCCGAUGCCCAGUUUAACAAUAUACAGUACAUGUACAUUGGCAAGAAUACCUCGAUGACGGAUGGUUUUGUGGGUUGCGUAUCACGAGUUCAGUUUGAUGAUAUAUAUCCGCUAAAGUUAAUGUUCCAGCAAAAUCCACCCAGCAAUGUGAAGUCUUUGGGCACACAAUUAACUGAGGACUUUUGCGGCGUGGAGCCUGUUACGCAUCCACCUAUUGAAAUAGAAACUAGACCACCGCCGCUUGUGGAUGAAGACAAACUGCGCAAGGCUUAUAAUGAAGUUAACACUGUGCUGCUAGCAUGUCUACUAGUUAUACUCUUCUUGCUGCUGCUGCUCAUGUUCUUUUUGAUUGGCCGUUAUCUGCAUCGUCAUAAAGGAGAUUAUCUGACGCAUGAGGAUAAUGGCGCCGAUGCUGAUGAUCCAGAUGAGGCUGUGCUUCACUCCACUACAGGUCAUCAGGUUAGGAAGCGCACAGAGAUAUUUAUUUAGAGCUUGCAGAAGACACAAAAUCGCCUUAAAAAACUAAAAGCAACAAAUUUAAGCAGCCAUCACAAUAUAGAUAAAAGCAAGAGCAUUUGUAGCAUCACGAAAUCAAACGAAUUAGCUGACGAAUAUUUAAGAAAUUAUUCGAUGUACAACUGAGAAGCUCCACUGCCAACUUGGUUAGCGAAAGAGUUUAAUUGUUUUUGUUUUUGCUUUUGUUUUUGAUAUUGUUUAUUUUGUUAGUAUACAUUUGGCAUCCUUUUUUACUUUUUGAUACUUUCAAUAGUCACACCAAACCGUCCAUUUUUAUUUUAGUUGCGUUUUCUAAGCAAUUUGUUUAGUUAAAAACAUAUUAAGUUACAAAUUGUAUUUUAAGUUUUGACAGCAAAUUACACUUAACACAAAAUACAUUCCAUUAUAUUUAAUACGACUCCCACAUACUCAGUCUAUCUAUUUCGUGUACUAUACUAUAUCAUUU